CACUUCCUACAAUAACUUCCUUAUACGUGACUUUUACUUAAAAAAAGAUUAGGAUUGAAACUUACUUUGUCAUCAUUUACUAUUUUCAUAAUCUACAAUAAAAUUCAUAUGAAUGUUACCAUUGUUUUUCAAAAUAAUGUUAAAAAUCUUGUAAAGGUAGAUCCACUGGAGAUAUUGAAAACAACAAUUUAAUAUAAAAGUACAGACUCGGUUUGUGAAAGUUUAUGUACAUGUGGCACAUCUCAUCCGCAUCAAGCAUCGACAUAAGCGGUAUCAAUCCCUAGAGCGGAAUGCAAUCUUCUAUACUUAUAAGCUGGGAUCAAUGAUCCCGAAGAACCAGCAAAGUAUAACAACGUUGAAUAUACAUAAAGAGACGGGGAAUACAUUGACCUUCUUUGAGGUGACACUGUAAAAAUCCUGACAUGUUUCCAAAAUGUUUGUCUCGUCAUAACGUUACCAUUAAAAAACUUUUCGAAAUAAAGUAACAAUUAUUAAUGAGUGUAGAUUUUAAGAAUUAUCUUUUUUUGGAAAACAGGUCAAAAAAAUAUGGAAAAGGAAAAUCAAUUAUUUCGUCAAUGUUUUUACACAUUGAAUGUGUAUCAUUGAUCUUUUUCUGCCUUAAAUGCCAUGUUCUUUUUAUAUUUUUAGAACACCAACAAACCUUACUAUCGUUUGUACAGCUGGUAAAAAAGAAGAACAUGCAAUCAACGGUGUUUCUCUCAAGAUUGAUUGCAGCGAAAUUACAAUACCAUAUGCAUUUACAUUUAUCGCCGAUCCGAUUAUUCAUCCGUUAUCACCCCAGAAAGCAUUUCUAAGUGGAGGAACUAAAAUUACAGUUGAAGGGGUACAGUUAACCAACGCUCAUAAUGCCAGAUUAAUAUUACGUCACAAAGUAGUAAUUAAGACUGGCGAUUGCAUAAUACUGUCAGGAAAACUAGUAACCUGUCAAACCCCAGAAGCGCCUGAAAGUGUUAGAAAAGAGCUGUUGAAAUUUGACAAUACAACAGAUCGAUUUUCAAAAAAUGUUACAGUCGAGGGUUUAUUUUAUUUGGAUAAUGUUAAUAUAAGUGUUGAAAUAUGCUACUGUCAAGAUCCAAUUAUUAAAGAUCUGACUGAAGGAGAAAAUGUCGUAAAAUUUGAAGCAAACACGAGACGUCUGAAUAUUUAUGGUUAUAUGCUGACCCAUGUUGCAACAAAAUUUGAUAUAAAUGUUACAGUCGGCGUGGAAUCAUGUGUCAUAGUGGAGCUGAACAUGACGUGUAUAACAUGCAUUGCCCCUCAAUACGAGCCAAGGAGUGGAAUACCAAAUGCAACACGGUCUGAAGUUAAUGUAACAAUUGGAAACAUACAAAAGAUGAUUGGAUAUGUUGAGUAUACAGAAACGUCACCAGGCACGACUGGAACACCGGAAACAAUAGAAAAUUCUUCCAGUUAUUCUAGUUCUUCUGAUAACUCUGUUACUAGUUCUUCUGAUAACUCUGUAAUAUUGUCAGUUGAUUUCUCCGUUAUAUUGUCAGUGACUGGAGCGGGUGCUGCGCUCAUUUUUAUCAACGUUACGGCUGUAGUUUUGAUAUGUCGUCAAUACAGAAAAGCGAAGUCAAGAGUACGCAAUCUAGUAAACAAGAACAGUACGAAAAAAGAACCCCCCUUUGAGUUACGAUUGAGCAGAAUUGCGGGUUCGUCGUGUGAGAUGAACUACUCCGGGGUCUACAAUGAACCCUAUGAAUCUGACCACUAUGACACGAUCGCAGCAGACGACAUUUCAAUGGACAGGUGCAAAACUGAUAAUAAUUCUCUAACGUGUCCACGCAAGAGCGUUUCCGAGACAAGCACUUCGACCAGUGAACAAUCCCAAAACUAUCUACACCCGACUAACCAUAUAACUGUAGAAGUUCAGCUAGAAGAACCAAAGCAUCCAAUGUUGAGUCCGAACCCGAACUAACUGGCGAUCAGUGACAUUUACUUGUUAUUAACGAUAGUGACCUUUCAGAUUAGCUUCUUGAAUAAAAAAUGUAUCGGACAAUCCGUUCACAGGCAAACUGAUUGAAUACGAAUACGAAACGCAGGCUUAAAUUGUUUGGUUUCUUUACUGUGUUUCAUGUUUUUUUGUUGUUGUCUAUGUUUUUAUUUCUAAAAUUAUUUGAGCCCGACGAACCAUAUUACUGUAGAAGUUCAGCUAGAAGAAUGAUUUAUCCGAGCCCUAACUCACUGGCGAUCAGUUAUAUUUACAUGUUAUUAACGAUAGUGACCUUUCGGAUUAGCUUCUUGGAUUAAAAAGUAUCGAACAAUCCGUUCACAGUCAAAAUGGUAGAAUACAUAUUUAAAUUCACUCUGCAUAACUAAACACUUGAAUAUUACCUAAAACUUUAAGUAAAGGGAAGUAAAUGCAACAACACCUACGUACAAAGCUUUUUUUGUUAUCUCCCCUCAUCUACCAUUCGCAUAAUGGAAUUUCUACUCUAUACCAUACCUUUUGUUAUUGUUAAAAAUUAGACUUCUCCAUUUAUACCUUAAAAUGAUUCGCACGGUUACUUUAAUUUUUGUAGUAUAUUUAUUUACGUAAAAAUAUUGAUUGUCGGUACUAUUGAGCAGUUAUCGUCAAUUUAAUAUUACACAUUGGUGAAAUAGAAAGCAUACAUU